CGAUAGUUUUUUUUUUAAUAAUAGAGAAUUGAAUAGGACUUUUCGUACCAAAUUUUUUUGCGUUUAGUCUCCAAUAAUCUACUCGCCGGUUCGGAUGCUACGAAUUGUUAGACGAAUACCAUGACUGCUGGUCCGACGCGUGGAUGAAACAGGAAAAAAUUCGUAUACCCGCGAACAGCCAUCAGAAGAAAAAAAUAAAUCUCUCUCCUCAAGCGAGCGCGUAUUAUGGAAGUUAACGAAGACCUGGUUCAUCACCCCCCAGCUAAUCGGUCCCAAGCAUUAGAUCCGUGCAUGAUUAUUAUAUGCACAGUUUCCCUGAAAUCUCAUCUUGAAAAAUUGCAAUGUCACAAACUCCGGAGCAUUUUGGAGACACUGCAAAUUCAAGGGUACAAGUCUAAACUUAAGUCAGUCAAGAUAUCUGCAAUCAUUGGGUGGCUCCUCGAAAGCGUGAGCAUAUGGAACGAACAAGUUUUUAUCUCAAAGUUUUCGGAUGAUCAUGCAAGUCUUUCAGUCUGGGUGGAACAGUAUCGAAAUAUUGCUAAAGUGCUUUCCUACAUUGAAAUGAAUUCCCUCGAAGGCAAUUCUUCUCCAAAAAACCAAACCAAUAUUCAUUCUUCCCAUCCUUCAGAAAAUGCCAAUAAUUCCUCGCCCGACGAGGAACAUUGCGCGCCAAGUCCAAAACGCUCUUCUUUAGCGUUAAUUCCGCCUCAGCAGAACUCAGAUGAACAGCCGGCACCAUCUCACCAAAACCUUCCCUCGAAUCAAGAAGGCGCCACCGACUCGUCUCGACACUCCGUCGAACCAACUAUCCAAUCUGACAAUACAAACUCUUCUUCUGAUAGUGCAAACUUGUCAACCACUUCCAAUCUACCUGACCAUACUGUCUCUCCUCCCCAGUCUCCAACUUCGCAAACUUCGAACCCCACUUCCCAACCAUCGUUUCCGCCAUCAGAUCCGUCUCCUACUUCUUCGUCUCACCCUUCUACAAACACGAAUCAAGCCACCUCUAACCCAGCUAUCCAACCUCAUGCCAACCAACCAACCAACAAGUACUCUCCUUCCCAUUCAGCUUCCUCCUUCUUCUCUUUGACAACUCCUACAUCUCCUUCUCUUCGCUUCUCUCCUGACCCCAGUUUCCUUCCCUGCAUGCACUCGCAUUGCUCAUUCUCCUCUCUAUACCCCUUCGCUAAUCACUCCAUCCCCUCCAGACCGCCUCCCGCCUUCCUUUCCGGCCUCGCCAAAACCACCGUCCGCUACGACGUUUUAGAUGACCCCUUCUUCUCCAUUCCAAAGCACUACCCCUUCCCUAUUGCCGCCGCCUUUUUUGGCACCUCGCUUCAAACCAACGUUAAAGUCUCCAAGUCGUUCAAUCUUCCAAACGUCCCGUAUGACGUCAUCGUUCGCUGCUUCCCCCUCCAACUUAAAUCCAAAUCCAACUCUCAAAACGCCAUCUCAAAACACGCCUGGCCAGAAAAUUGCUCCCUAUACAUAAACGGUACAUUUUUCGAUAUCUCGAAACUGAAAAAGACGCACAAUAAAUCCCUAGACAGCUACGCAAAUGUCUCUUCUUUCUGCACUCGCGGAAGACUCAACAGACUCCUUUUCUGCGCGUCCGUCUCGGCGUCACACAUCAUCCUCGUCCAACUCGUCUAUCGCAACUCCGUCUCCCUCCUCUCUAAAAACAUCCAACUUAACCAUUCCCUGGUAAAAGUCUAUUUCUUAGAAUGCGUCAAAGCUUCCUUCAUCAAAGACCAAGAAGACGGACUGACCGAACUCUACAAAAAACUGUCCCUUGUUGAUCCGCUUUCCUACACGCGCAUACAAAUACCCACCAAAUCUGUCGAGUGUACGCAUAUUCAGUGCUUCGACCUCGACAACUAUCUGCGCCUCAAUGAACGCACCCGCAGUUGGCUAUGUCCAAUCUGCUCUGUAUAUUCACCGUACGAAAACCUGCUCAUCGACACCUACUUCCAAGACAUACUCCAGUCUGAACUAGGCGACGACGACCAAGUUCACAUCUAUCCUGACGGCACUUGGAAAAAAUGUUCAGACUCCCCCUCGUCAAAUGAACUACCAAAAGAACCCGUCGUAUUCAUCAUCGACAGUGACGAAGAACCGCAGCUGAUAUGACCCUAUUCCACUCAACAAAACACUUGCCAAACAUUCUCUUGUGCGCGCUUCUUUGGAUAUCGUUCAACCACAAAAUUCCAAUUUGACCGUUAAAUAUAUGUCUCCACUCUCUGUGCCAUGAACGGCGGGUUCGAGGUGGACUUGCGCCCGAGGCAAGUUCGUGCCCGUUCCAAUCACCCUAGUUCAUAGUGCGCACUACCAACACAUCCGGGAAAUCUGUCGAAUAAAGCAUGGCGCGCCAGGUCACUAAACGCUCUCGGCUAAUAGACCCCGUUGACAGCGCUUUCUCUAUCACGGCCCUCUUUCGACAACGCCAACGUCGCGCCUCCCAGCCCUCUGUCGGCGCUCUAGCACCCCCUGUCCCUUUCAUAUGAAACGCUUGCCAAAGAAUCAACUGCAAAAGCGUCACGUAGCUUAUACUCUGCUGCUGCUGCACCUGAAUUAGCUCAGCGAAAAUACUCCGAACGAGCUGUCGACUUUUCAGACUCAUUUUUACCAAGCCUUAGAAUUCAUGCAAAUCUGCGCAUUCGUUUACAACACUUAAGAUCUCUGCAAAAAGACCGCACUCCAUACGUUCACUAAGUGCUAAGUUGUACGACCAAAUGAAAUUUUGAUCGAA